UGGCUUGGCGAGGGAAGGCAGGGCAGUAGCCAUCAAAAAACACUUCCUACUCCCACCUCCACCGCCCAACCAUCUCACGCCACGUCACUCCUCCCCUCCUCUGGCGUCUUGUAUUAGCGGCGGCCGAGCGAGCAAGCGAAUUCCUAUCCCCAUCAUUUCUGUUUCUCUUCCCCCGAAAAUUCCUUCUCCCCCACCUUCUUUCUUUCUCUCCCACAAAAACCAAAAAUCCUCCGAUGGCGAGAGGCCUCUCCUUCAGCCUGUCCGACGGAGAGGACUGCGGCGGCUGCUUCUCCCCCUCCUCCGCCGACAGCGGCGGCUGGGGAAGCUGGGGGUCGAGGCUGAUCAGAAGAAGCCAGAAGAGAUCUCCGCCGCCGCAUAUGGCAACGCUGGAUCUCGGCCGUCGAUCCGGCGGCGGCGGCGGGUCGAGUGAAUUCGUGGGGGAUGUGUUCUACGGGACGGAUGAUGCGGAGGGGAUAGAGGAUUACAAGUACAAAGAGGACGUGCUGGAGCAUUACCGGAGGGAGAGCGAGAGGAAAUCGGUGAGGAGGAAGAGGGAGAUGCGGCGGAGUUGGUUCGGCGCCAUUGUUGACUGCUUCUCGUUUCUCAAGUUCUUCUGCUGCUUGCGAUGAUCAAAAGAUGCUCUCAUCCAGGAGCUUCUGUGGUUGAAUUGAGGGGAAAUUGAUUGUGAAAAGUUCAGAAUCAGAAAAUCCCCCUUUUUUUUCAUGAGAGACAAAGUUUGUUGUUCGUGUAUAUAAUCUAUCAUCGUUAAUAAAUGGUAUGGUGGGGAUGGUUUCAAUUCAUCUGUGUUGAAUUGCAUUGAUAAGAGUAGUUAGUUUUUUUUUUUUUUUUUUUGUCUAACCUUUGUUCCAAUAAUACAAGUUGUUAAUCCAAAUAAUAUCAUAAUUAGUUCUUUAGAGUAGAAGAAUGUUCACGCUUUUGUUGAUCACUUAGCCUUGUUAGUAAAGAUAUAAAGAUUAAGAGUGCAU